UGAAAUGACUUUGCGAAUUUGAUAUUUUAAAAGAUUCUUAUUUAAAUAAAUCCUUGUUUCCUUUUCUCGCUGCCAAAAAAGCGGUUUUUUUUUUAGUAAUUUUUUAAACUUGAGAAUGUUGACUGCAAUGAUGAUUGGAUAAUUGGAUGUCCCGUUUGUAUUACAUAUAAAUGUAAUCCUUCCACUUCAGUUCGCUUUCAUUGUUGUUUUGCAACAAUUCUAGCUCAGCCUUCCAUUCCAAGCAAUGGCGUCCGAUCUUGAUCAACCUACGAAAAGAAAGACAUCCGGUGAGACUGGGAGUUCAAGAGAGCCUCUUCUUAAUGGUGUUCAUGGUUCUGAAAAUUAUUCCAUCUAUGCUGCAAUUCUCCCAUUUCUCUUUCCAGCUCUGGGAGGGCUACUAUAUGGCUAUGACAUUGGUGCCACAUCUUGUGCUACAAUUGUCAUUGAGUCUGCAACACUAAGUGGAGUAUCAUGGUAUGAUUUGUCUUCCGUUGAAAUUGGCCUUGUGACUAGUGGAUCAUUGUAUGGUGCGCUCAUUGGCUCUGUGUUGGCCUUCAAUGUUGCUGACUUCUUAGGAAGAAGAAGGGAGUUGAUUGUGGCUGCAUCACUGUAUUUUGUUGGAGCUCUUGUAGAAGCAUUUGCUCCUGAUUUUGCUGUUUUGGUGAUUGGAAGAUUUGUAUUUGGUCUAGGAAUUGGACUGGCUAUGCAUGCUGCUCCUAUGUACAUUGCAGAGACUGCUCCAGCUCCAAUUCGUGGUCGAUUAAUCUCACUGAAAGAGUUUUUCAUAGUACUUGGGAUGGUUGCAGGGUAUGGAGUAGGUAGCCUUUUGGUAGACACUGUUGCGGGGUGGCGCUAUAUGUAUGGAGUUAGUAGUCCUUUGGCAAUAAUCAUGGGAAUUGGAAUGUGGUGGCUCCCAUCAUCUCCUAGAUGGAUACUCUUGCGCUGUAUACAGGGAAAAGGGAAUGCCCAGAGUUUGAAAGAUUCUGCAGUUUCUUGUUUGUAUCGACUUCGGGGUCCAGCUAUUGGUGAUUCAGCUCUUCAGCAAGUGGAUGAGAUUCUAGAAGAACUUUCUUAUGCGGGUGAAGAAAAAGAAGUUACUAUUGCAGAGAUGUUCAGGGGAAAAUACUUGAAAGCCCUUACAAUUGGUGUAGGAUUGGUCUUGUUUCAACAGAUCACUGGGCAACCAAGCGUGCUCUACUAUGCAGCAACAAUCCUCAAGAGUGCGGGAUUCUCUGCGGCAUCAGAUGCAACUCGUGUAUCAAUUCUCCUUGGUGUAUUGAAGUUGAUCAUGACAGGAGUUGCUGUUUUUGUUGUUGAUAGAAUCGGAAGGAGACCUCUACUAUUUGUAGGAGUUUCAGGGAUGAUUGUCUCUUUAUUCCUUCUGGGUUCGUAUUACACGUUCUUGGAUGACGCAUCAGCUGUUGCUGUAGUUGGUCUGCUGUUGUACGUGGGCUGUUAUCAGGUUUCCUUUGGUCCAAUUGGAUGGCUCAUGAUAUCAGAGGUUUUCCCCUUGCGACUAAGAGGACGAGGACUAAGUUUAGCAGUACUUGUCAAUUUUGGUGCAAAUGCCUUGGUGACAUUUUCUUUCUCCCCACUGAAGGCAUUGGUUGGAGCAGGAAUUUUGUUCUACAUAUUUUGUGGAAUAGCCGUGGCAUCACUUGUAUUCAUUUUCUUUGUGGUGCCUGAAACCAAGGGGCUUACUCUGGAGGAGAUUGAGGCCAAAUGCCUCUAAGGUUUGUCACUUAAUGACUUCUUAUGAAUAUAGAUCUUCUACAAUAACUGAGAGAAGAUAGAGACUAGAGAGAGUAGUGGGACACAUGUCAUGUGGGUUGCAUUACUCUCUAUCUCUCUUAAUUGGCUCCUCCAUUAAUGUGAAGGAUAUCCAUGCUUUAUAUGCUGAUAGCUUUGUGAUUAUGGUACUGUUAAUCCUAUCAUGAUUGAAAGCAUAUCUCUGUGGGUACUGAGUGAUGAGUAGUAGUAAUAUGUAUCAUUUCAGAAACGUAGUAGAUAAUGUAUUUAUUAAGUUGGAUUAGUCCUUAUUGUCUGUUAUGCAUGGAGUGGACCACCUAAAUUAAUAGACAUUAUUGUUCUUGUCGUUGA